AUGUCUGAUCUCGGCGAAACCAGCACCGCUGGCACAACUACAACCGCCGCGGCGCCCAACCCUCCUGUUCCCCAGGAUGUGAUUCAACAGCAAGGUCAACUCCAGCAAGGCCAGCUUCAGCAAGGCCAGCUCCCGCAACCUCUGAUCCAGAAUCAGCCGGCGCCCAAUGUCAACUCGGCCGGCGAGAAUUUGCAGUGCCAGUGGCUAGGAUGCGGCGAGCGCUGCAGCUCUCCGGAAGCCCUCUAUGAACACGUCUGCGAGCGUCACGUCGGCCGCAAAUCCACCAACAAUCUCAACUUGACCUGCGCCUGGGGGACGUGCAGGACCACCACCGUCAAGCGCGACCAUAUCACGUCCCAUAUCCGCGUCCAUGUCCCUCUGAAGCCUCACAAAUGCGAGUUCUGUGGCAAGGCCUUCAAGCGGCCUCAGGAUCUCAAGAAACAUGUCAAGACUCACGCUGAUGACAGCGUCAUCAUGCGCUCUCCUAACAUGGAAUCUAACGGUGGACAGCGUCAAUCCCAGAAUGGCAUGCCUCAAGGUGGGGACUACGCCUCAUACUACGGACAUGGUCUGACGGGACAAGUCGCCCAAAGCUACUAUGCUCCUGCUAUGCCAGGGCCGCAAGAUUACACCGGUCAACAUCAUCCUAACCAAUACUACCAACCACAUCCCUCGCACCCCGGUUAUGGUCCGGUGACGUACUACCACACUGCCACUAACGGUCCUUAUGAUUUUGAGGCUCGUAAGCGUGGGUACGAUGCUCUCGAUCAUUUCUUUGGCCAAGUUAGGCGGCGAGAGCUUGACCCGGUCAACUUUCACAACAUCAGCCGUCGCCUCUUCGAACUACAAGGUCUGCAGCUGCCCCAAAUCAUUCCAUCCAGCAUCCCGGCUCCCGCCUACCAGCCGGUUUCCGUUGGUGGAGCCUAUGAAGCGGCCGACCCGAUUCAAGCUUACAGCCUGCCGCCAAUGGGGAACGCAAAGACAAGGGAAGACUUGACCUCGAUUGAUCAGAUUCUUGAGCAAAUGCAAGCCACCAUCUAUGAAAACGACACUCACCUCGGUGCGGCCGGUGUCGCCCAAGCCGGCUCGAAUUAUGUUGCCUACCGCACCAGCAACAGCCCCCCGAGCGCAAAUCAACUCCCGUCGACUGCGACACACAGCAACCCAGGCGCCAUCCUUCAGUCUCAACAUCAAGCCAGCAUUGCAAGCACCGCCGAUGCCAGCACUCCAGGCCUCACCCCUCCCUCGUCUGCACAGAGCUACACGUCUGGCCAGAGUCCUAUGCAGGGUCACACCGCACCCACCAGUAAUGCCAUGUAUCCCAGCCUGCCAUCAAGUGCCAGUGACAUGGCUUAUGCUGCAGCCAAUGCUGCUACUCUCAGUGGUAUCUACGAGAGCGAAGAUCGUCGCCGUUACAGUGGUGGCAUGCUUCAACGAGCCGCCCCCGCCAAAGGCAGCGGUGAGAUGGAUGCUGUCAGUGACGGUUCCGUCACCCCGCCUGCCUCCGCCUUGAACGAGCAAGCCAAGGGCAAGAACAAGGCUACUCCUCAAGAAAGCGUGAUUGACCCUGCGCUGGCUGCGGAGGCUGCUACUCCCAAGAGCGACCCGAGGGAUGCCGAUCAAGAACAAGUCUGGGUUCAGAACAUGCGUCUCAUCGAGUGGAUGCGUGAGUUUAUCAAGAAGAAGCUCCAAAGCGGGGAAUACGAGGAUGGCAAUGCCAGCCGGCAUUCCCCUGAGGAAAGAGGCGAGCUUGACCAUGACAUGACUGGAACCGGCGACCAUGAGAAAGAGAGGUCGGAAGAGGAGCAGCUCUACCCCGUCCUGCGACAUGUCGAGGAGAGCGCUUAG